UUUUAUUUAACCAAUGGUUAGAACUUGUUAAUUUUAAUUGAAAAAAUAAAAACUGGUUAAUAAUUUAGAGACUUUAUUUUGUAAUUUGUAUUUUGAGAGAGAGAGAACAUAUGUAAUAUUCCAUCUACCUUUCAUUAAUUGUUUGAAUCAAUGCUCACACACACUCUAUCUCUCAUCUCUUCCCUCCAUCUUUCCCUCUUUAAAUCAUCUCAUUCUCCUCCCCAUCUUCUUCCCAUUUUUAUUCCUCUGUAAAUUACACCCCUAAAGGAUCAGAAAAAAUGGCAGGGAAAUCAUCGCCGGCGAAGUUGAAAUAUUUGGCGAACAAUUCUUUAACGUUGUUGUUAGUGUGUGUCUUGUUGGGCGUGGGGCUGGAGGUUUUAAUGUCAGCUCCGGGAGAGGAAUUCCAGAGAUCUUGGAAGUCCAUAACAGAGGCGGUUGACCCAUUCAGGAUUCUGUGCUCUGUUCUGGUCGUCGUCUUCCUCGGAGCUCUCUGUUUCAUGUCCAAACCUCGUUCCGUUUACCUCGUCGAUUACGCGUGUUAUAAGCCGCCGGUCGCGUACCGGGUCCCCUUCUCGACGUUCAUGGAGCAUUCUAGACUCAUCUUGAAGGACAGCCCGAAGAGCGUGGAGUUCCAAAUGCGGAUCUUGGAGCGCUCCGGCGUCGGGGAGGAGACUUCCUUCCCGCCGGCGCUUCACUGCAUUCCUCCGACGCCCACCCUGGAGGCUUCCAGGGAGGAGGCGGAGGCGGUCAUAUUCUCCGCCGUGGAUUCUCUGAUGAGGAAGACUGGGAUUACCCCGAAAGAAGUGGAUAUUUUGAUCGUCAACUGUAGCUUGUUCUCCCCGACGCCGUCUCUGUCCGCCAUGGUGGUCAACAGGUAUAAGAUGAGGAGUAAUGUGAAAAGCUUCAAUCUUUCCGGCAUGGGCUGCAGCGCCGGCCUGAUUUCCGUCGAUCUCGCCCGGGAUCUGCUCCAAUUGUACCCGAAUUCGAACGCUCUGGUGGUCAGCACGGAGAUCAUCACGCCCAAUUAUUACAGGGGAUCGGAGAGAGCGAUGCUCCUCCCGAAUUGCCUCUUCAGAAUGGGCGGCGCCGCCAUCCUGCUGUCCAACAAGCGCCGCGACUCGCGGCGGGCGAAGUACCGGCUGAUGCAUCUGGUGAGGACCCACAAGGGCGGCGACGACAAGGCGUACAGAUGCGUGUACGAGCAGGAGGACGGGCAGGGGAUGGUCGGGAUCAGCCUGUCGAAAGAGCUGAUGGUGAUCGCCGGCGAGGCGCUGAAGUCGAACAUCACGACGAUCGGGCCGCUGGUGCUGCCGGCGUCGGAGCAGCUGAUGUUCCUGUUCACCCUGAUCGGGAGGAAGAUCUUCAGCCCGAAGUGGAAGCCGUACAUCCCGGACUUCAAGAAGGCGUUCGAGCACUUCUGCAUCCACGCCGGGGGGAGGGCGGUGAUCGACGAGCUGCAAAAGAACCUGCGGCUGUCGGCGGAGCACGUGGAGGCGUCGAGGAUGACGUUGCACCGGUUCGGGAACACGUCAUCGUCCUCCCUCUGGUACGAGCUGAGUUACAUCGAAGGGAAGGGGAGGAUGAAGAAGGGGGACAGGGUUUGGCAGAUCGCGUUCGGGAGCGGGUUUAAGUGUAACAGUGCGGUUUGGAAGUGCAACCGGACAAUCCAGACGCCGGCGCCGGCGCCGGCCGCCGAUGAUGGGCCGUGGGCAGAUUGCAUUCAUCGGUACCCGGUGGACAUCCCUGAAGUUGUUAAGCUCUGACUUUGGUGAUAGAGAUCGUCAUUAAUUACCGAUUAAUACACCUCUAUGAUUAUUGAUCAGUGAUUUAUUAAUUAUCAUUAUCACUAAUUAAUUUCUUCUCAUUAUCUCUCAUAUCCUUAGACAGUUAGACUUGGACAUGUUCAAUAAAGGUAUACCAUUCCUUAAUGGUGGUGGGUAAACACCCAAACUAUGAUUAUCACUUAUGAGAAAUUUACCUAAAUAGGACUAAAAUAUAAUGACUUUCCUAAU